UUUUGUUAUUCUCAAGUCUUGAUGUUACACGCUACUAUAAAACAUUUAAUAUAAUUUAUAGUCUUGUAAAGACAACAAUAGUUUUAAAUGUUCUUUCAGAUAUUAACCGAAUACAUAUUAUAGUGUUUGUGUUACAUUUAAACUGCCAUGCCAGAAGAACAGUGCGCAGUCGAUCUUGGGAGUAUAUUGGAUAAUUUAGAUGAUUUCACCUUAAGUACUACAAAUUACAAUGAAAUUCAAAGAGUUUUACAAACGGAAAAGCCAAUAAAAUGUUCUGACGCCGAAAAAUUGGUAUCAAUAUGUCUUCAAGAUAUAAAUGAAGAAAAUGAAAAAUAUAGUAUUAAUAGUUUGAAUAUCUUAUCAUUUCUUUUGAAUAAAAUAAAGAAAGAACAAUGUUCGCCUACUACAAAUUUAGUUUCAUCAGCACAAGGAAUACUAAGCACUCUCAAAACAGUAUCCUUCCUUCAAAACAUAGAGUCAUUGAGAUUACUAUGCUUUGAAAUUUUAUUGACAUAUCCAAAUGAAACAUUGAUUUCUUUAGCUGUGGAACAUUCAAGUGAAAUUUAUGAAAUAGUUGAAUUAUAUUGUAAUAGUCAAGCACCAACUGAAGUUAUUUUACAGCCAACAUUUUUAAUUUUACGAUUACUGAAAAUUAUGACACACAAUGAUAAAGUGAAUUUUGUUAAAAAUGGACUUGACACUUGGUUUUCAAGUCUUAUUCCAACCAUUUUCAAUUCAUCCAUGAUAUAUGUUCAUAUUGUGGAAAAUGCAUUGCUAUGUUUGGAGCUGUUGACGGAAGAUCUUGUACAUUUUGAUUAUGCUGAUAAUUCGAAAUGGCUUAUCAUACUGGAAUGUAUAUAUAUGCCACAUAAAUAUCCAUUGGUUAUGAAACGCCUUCUAGAAGAUGGAUCUGAUCACUGGCAUAGACUUUGGAUGGUAUGUGUAAAGCUGUUGAAAAAUCAAAUAACAAAAAACAUAAAUUCAGCGGUGGCUUGUCCUAUUAACUCCAUGUUGCCAGUGGUAGAGGCUGCAUUUAAAAUGGAUGUAAAAAACAGAUGUCAAGCUUUUCAGUGCUGGAAUGUCUUGAUUGACAACUUUUCCUCAGAGGCAAACGAAGUGUACAUGAAUAAAAGGAUAAAAUUGCUUUUAAUACCACUUGUAUCUAAUAAUGCUAAAGUGGAAGAAACUGCUCUUGCAAAGUUUGAUACUUGGUGGCAUUUCAUAGUCAAGUUUCACACUAUAAUGCCACAGUUUUCUGAUACAGUUUUACUGCCAUUUUUACAAUUUUGUUUUGGAAAACCAGUUGUAUCUAAUAAACCAACAAUCAUUCCUGGAUUACUCUCUGAAGAAACAAAGAAGUUAACGCUUCAAUGUUUUGCAAACAUAUUUGCACAUUAUAAUUGCACAGGUUGUGUAGACAUGCCAAAAUUGGAAAACAAAUUAAUAACAACCACACACCUGGUAACAAAUUGGAAGCAUUGGUUAAAUGCUCUCAGUGUGGUGAUAAAAAUUGGAUCUGAUAGUGGUGAUAAAAUUUUAAUAAAGCAAACAAAGUGUGCUUGGAAGUCAUUUGUUGCUAUAGUUGGUGAAUUGCCUGAGAAUAAUGUAAGAAAAGAUUUUUUCAUUGAGCUUCUAGCAAUGUUACAGAAAUCAUUACAGGAUUGCCAAGCACAAACUUCUGAAAUUGUUAUAAAUGUUUUAUUACCAGCAUUGUUUGAGGAAGAUGAACAUAUCAAACCAUUACUAAAAAUGAACUCUGAGCAAGGAGCCACAAUAUUAAAAAUCUUUUCAAUAUUAAGUGAUCAAUCAAAUAACAAUUUUUAUUCCAGGUGUGAUGUUGAUGAAACAAUCACUUGUGUGAGGUCAAGUACAGAUUAUUUAAUACAAGUGUCAAUUAAGACAUCUACAUUCAUAAUGGAAAGCAUUAUCAAAGAUUUGCCAACUACAGAAAGUAGUCUUAUUUUGUGGACAGCUAUUGUUGAGUCCAUACUGAAGUUUGAAUUCAAUGUCUGUGUUAGAGUUUUAUUUAACAUGGUUUUGUGGCCUCUAAAGAUGAAUUUACAAUCAAAUGUGAAUAGAUAUAUCUCAACAUGGCAAACAAUGUAUGACUAUGUUAGCACCAAAGUAACAACCACAAGUAUAAAUGAUGAAAUUUUACAAUUUUUUGCUGCAAAUAAAGGUACUAAUACAAUAUUUAGCUUGAUUGCUAUUGUGGCCAUGGUAGGACAAGUCUUAGUAAAAGAUAAAGAUAUGAAAUUUGAGAAAAAGAUUGAACUUAUACUGAAGCAUUUACAAAAACAAGUUGAUAAUCAUAAACAUAUCCAGCCAGUGUAUAUGCAGUUGCUACAACAUGUUGCUUUGAUAUUAAAUAGAUUAACAAACACUGCAAGUGUUGCUUGUGCUAAACAUUUGUUUUUAAUAAUCAAUAAAAUUCUAAAAUUCACACCAAACAUAAUAAAUGAGGAUAUAAAAGAGAAAAAGCACAUUUUUACCUGUUUAGAAAAAGUGAUAACAAGUAUUGAUUUAAUUUUUAAAAUGGAUGCCUAUUCCAAACUUAAUAUGCUUAUUUUUGAAGGAAUAAAAGAAAGUGCUCCUGUUUUAAUUAAAAAUAUGGAGAAUAAAAUAGAUGUCAUAUCUAUUUUAAAUACAUAUGAAAAUAAAGAUUCUGAUAUUAAGCAACUUGUCGAAAAUUUAACUGUUAAAGAAAAAAAAUCAGAGGAAAAUAAAUUAGCCAUUCAUUCUUUUACAACUCCUAAUAAUAGGCAAACCACUAAGAAAACCACGAAAAAAGAACUUAGUAUUGUAAAUACAAUUGUAGAAAAUGGUGAAGAAUUUGUUGUUGUCAAAUCCAACUGGAAGUUCAAUCCGAAAAAAUUAACUGAUAAUCAAAAGGAAAAGCUUCAAAGAAAACGCGAAGACAUUCCUGCAUUAUAUCAAGAUUUGUCACAGUCUCAAGAUGAAUUUAAGCUAAAUGCUUGGAAGUCUGAAUCAAAUGAUGCUAAUUCAUCCAGCAAGUCUACUAGUGUAUCAACUUGUGAAGAUGUACCUACAGUCCUUAGGAAUAUUCCCAACCAAGAUAUUACGCCUAAAAUAAUGGAAAAUAUUUCAAAAUGUGAUGGCAAUAAUCCUAUUGCAGAUGAAAAAAAUAACCUUGAAAAUAUAAUUACAAUCCCUAAAGAAUCCACUCCAAAUACUUUACAACCUUCAUUAACCAAAGAUACAAAAUCCCCUCGAAUGGCUUUGAAAGAUCGAGUAUUUCGUAAUGUUAGAAAUUUAAUAGAAAAGUCAAAUUUAAAUGAAGAAAAUGGAGCUACGGCCAGCAUAAGUGAAAAUGGAUCCAAGACGCCUUUGGGAGCAAAGAUAACAGUGAAGGCCAAUAUUAUUAAUUCUGCACCUUCACAACUCAACUGUUCACGACCUUCACGUAAUAAGAGACCACCUAAGAAGUUUGAUGAUUCUGAAAUAUUUUCCAUAAAAAGAAGGCGUCCCUCUCUUGGUCAACAAGAUGCUGAAGAAUCAGAUCAAAUCAUUUCUAGUGAUGAAACAAAUAAAGUCAAUAAUGAUAAACCUAGUAUUAACAGAAUACUACCAGCCGAUAUUCAAAUAGAAAAAUCUGAUAUAACAUUAAAAUUGGAUAGUAAAGACGCUGACAACGCAACGAAGACGCUACAAAAAAUUGAGGAACAAUCGGCAAUUGAAUCGACUAUAGAAAAAUCUCAUAUUGAUGAGUCCAAAAUGUUAAUAAAUAAUAAUUUAUUAAAUUCUAAUGAUCAUAAUGUUGAAGAGACAAUAGACACAGAUGCAAGCACGCCUAAAGUUGAUAUAAGUACACCUUCAGAAACAAAAGUUACUGACAUGAAAAACGACAUCAGUACACCAAAAUCGUCAACUAGAAAACCUCUGUCGAAAAAAUCUCGAAUUGAAAAAGAGUUAGCUAUAGAUAUGGUAGAGGGGCAUCCGUUUUUAAAUGCAAAGUCUGAGAAACGUUUAACCCGUAAAGCAAUAUCCAACUCUCCAUCUACUAGAAAAAAAACUACUGCAAACAGUAACAGUAAAACAAAAUCAGAUGAGUUGAAGGUACAAAAAGAGGACAGUCAAAGUAAGAAUGAUAAAACAAAUAUUUCUCUCGAUGAAACCCAAUCUGAAAAUAUAGACAUUACAGCAUCUCAAGAUAUCAUUGAAAGUUCUCAAGAUUCUUCAGUCACAACUAUUUCAGUUAGAUCAACAAAAAAUAGUUCUAAAAAAGGUCCUAUUGUGAUAUUGGACCAAAUUAAUAAUAGUGAUAACACUGACGCAAAAAACCAAGACGAUAUGAAUGUUUUUUUGCAAUCUAAGAAACUGGGAAAAUUAGAGAAGGGAAAUGAUUUGACAAAUAGUAAUGAUAGAGAUGACACUGUUCUUCCUCAAAAUAAAACUGCUGAGGAACAAAGUACUAUUAUUGAUUUAACGGAGAAUAUGGACACUGAACCCAUGGAAAUUAAUGAUGACGACAUCUGUGGAAUAUCUGACAAGCAAAUAGUUGAGAUAAAAAAUGAUGAGUUAUGUAUGGAUGUUGAUUCACAAGGUGUAGCUAGUGCUGACACUCAACCACUCGACCCUAAUUUUGUCUUGGAUACUGAUGAGACAGCAGUGAAAGGAACACCUGAAAUAUGUUUAAACAAUAAUGCCGAUAACAGCAAUAUACUAGUACCAAAUGGCAUGAUGAGUGAUAUUUCAAUAUAUACGGUCACUGAUAAUGAUGCUACAAAUGCUUCAAUAACUACUUCAAAUGAGACUACUAAAACAAUAACCGAAUUAACAGUUUGUAAAUCUAGCCAAGAGGAGGCAGCUUCUUCGCCACUUAAAGAUGAUGAGCAGAGAAAGAAAGAUUUUCUCAAUAAUAUUUUGGAAAUAUCUCCAAUAAAAAUAUUGAGUCCUGUCAGAGACGAAAGAACGCCGUCACCAGAAACCAGCAAUGACUAUGUUGUUAUAAAACUUUGUUCGCCGGUACAUUGUAAUGGGGAACCAAUAGAGAAAUGUAAUUCACCAGAAAUAUUUACUGAAGAUAAAGUGUCUCCCGACAAGAGAGACUUAUCGCCUCCCAGAGAAGAAAUAACAGCAACGAAUACAAGUCCUAGUUCAUUAUCAUUGAAGAAAAAUAGACCCCAAGUACGUUCGGGAGGAAGGGGAGCACAAAUGUUAGGGCUUUGUGUUCCAGAUAGAUUACAGAAAAUUAAUACUUCUGAGAAAAUGGCAGAUUGUGAUGAAAUAAAAAAAGCUACUCCUAUUAAUACUACAGCUAGGAGAAAUUUAAGAAUAUUAUACAAUACAACUGAAAGUCUUGAAGCCACAGAUGACAAUGAAGAUAGCGAUAAUUUUCUUAAAUUUAAGCGAAAUCUUCCCACUACUGACUGCAGCCCUUCUGGUCCUAUAUUAAAACGAAAAUUAGCUGACAUUGCUGAUGAAGCAACUCCAUCACCUGUUAGUAAGCGAAAACGCGUAAGCUUUCAUGACCCACCCGUAUCAACAACAGUUUGUGUAAAGAAAUACAUUGAACCUUGUGGGGUUAGGUCACCACAGAAUUCAGCUAGCAAACGACAAGAAAGACAAUUGCGAAUCCAAAAUCAAACUCCAAAGUCACAGAGGAGACUUGACAAAGCCUUAACUAAGACUAUAGAAAGUUUCGUUACCGAAAAUUCUAGUGAGGACACACAGAUGAGUUCAAUAGAACCAACACCUGUGAUUGAAGUUGUUAAAACAAGUGAUCUUAAUGACACUGAUCCAAUAUGCCCUGAAUUAAUAAACUGCAAAGACUCAAUUGAAAAUAUUGCAACUGAAUUGUCAUCACCUGCAAUGAAAUCAUUACUAGUUAAAGAAUUUGAAGGUAAAAUCGAAACUAUCGGCGACCUUGCUAAGAUGACGGAACUUGAGGUAAACAGGCUAUGUAUUAAGGCACCUAAAGUACAAACUGUAAAGAAUGUACUAUGUACAUACAUGCCAAAAAAAGAUGCUAAUAUACCUGAUUCUGUAAUUAUUGCGGAUGAAGAAGCAAUAGUUAAUACUGAAGAUGACUUAAAGACUCCUAAUUCGGAAAUUGUUGAUGUGAUGCCUGAAAAAAGGAGUAUAGUUUCUGACAGUGUUGAAAUACAAACAGACAUGUUGGAUGUCUCAUCUAAUAGUACACAAACAAAUAUUAUGGAACAAUUAGACAGUUGUAUACAGACUGAUAUGGGAACCUUGAUUUAUGAAACUGACAUCCCAUCACACCUAAAUGAAAGACACGGUAUUUUGGAAAAAUUGGACGAUAAAGUGUUUGAAACACUCACUGACACAUUUGUAGAAAGAUUACCGUUAGGUAAAUCCUGCCAUAUAAUCGAUAAAAUAGUUCAAAGACACUGUGAAAAUGAUACUGACUCAUCUGAAGACAAAAGGUUCUCUUUUUUGCAACAAUAUUUAUUCGAUAAAUUUGAAACAAGAGAUUUGAUGCUAUUUUGUAGUGGGUUGUUAAAGAAAGUGUAUGAUAAGUGUUGAUAUGCAUGAUUUACAAAAAGGAAAUGUAUUUUAUUAAGAAGGUAAAUGUCAAGAAGGCCUAGGGAAUCCACUUCUCUUUUUCAUAAGGUGAACUUACAAAACAAUGUGUUUUUUCUUAUUAUGAAAUGGAUUACAUUAUUCUUAUAAUCAUUCUGAAUCUAAAUAAUUGUCUUAAUUGGCUCUAAAUAAAACACAUUUUAAAACUAAGAUUAUUUAAUACAAAACAAAUCAAAUAUUUACAGUAUUCAGUCAUGAGCUGUGGUAGUACCACUAAAAAAUCAUACAUGC